AUGCCCACGCCGCUGCAGCCCGGCGGCCCCGCUAGCGGCCCGCCCCCGGAGCGCAAGCGGCGCCGCAAACGCGACGAUCCACAGAGCUCAGCCGCGCUCGAACCAGACGACGACGACGGCGACAUGAGCCCGGAAGAGGAGCCGCGCAACGCUCCAGCGGCACCGGCGGCGCCAACGCCGGCGCCCUCAUCCGCCCCUGCGCCCACCUCACCGCCCGCCGCGCCCGAUGCCGUGGACCUCACCUCCCGCCGUGACUCCCCGCCCCUCUCCUCAGACGUCGAACGAUUUGAUGGCAAAAUUGUGUACAACCCCGACGGUUCCGCCUAUAUCAUCGAAGAUCCCGAAAUGUCAGAGGGCGAAACAAGCUUAUCGGAAUUAUCAAAAAUUGAACCUGGGUGCAUUGUCGAUAGCCGUGAUAGCAACGUCGUCGAAAAGCAGCUUGAAUUUCCUCAAAUAGCCAGUGCUUUCUAUGUUUCAAGAAACCCAUCGUUAUACGGUGCACUUUAUGGAAGACUGGCCGUUGAGAGAGCACGAGCCAGGCCUGACGCGCCUGUUAUGCACAGCUAUCGAGUGUUUAGUUUUAGAGGUGGAAAAGACACUCCUAGACCGUCAUCCCCGCUAACUGAAUGUCCAGUCAGCGUACCGGUCAAACCAAUAUUAAUGUGCUUUAUAUGUAAAUUGAGUUUCGGCUACGCCAAGUCUUUUGUGGCGCAUGCCCAAUCAGAUCACAGUUUAUCGUUACUAGACUCUGAAAGGGACGCUUUAUCGAGGGAAAAUGCAUCAGCAAUUAUUCAGUGCGUGGGGAAAGAUAAAGAACCACUAGUCUCAUUUUUAGAACCAGUAGGAGCUGCAGCCCCAUCUCGCAUUUCUGCUUCAGGUAGUCCUGCAAAUAUGUCAGAAUAUUCAAACCCUUCAAUAGACAAACGAGCAGAACAAAUGACGCCAGAUAGAGAAAAUGAUUCAAUGCUACCUAAUGGCACAUGUGAUGAUAGAAGGCCUAGUCCGAACACAUGGAGACCACCAAGGUCAAUAGCUGAAUCAACAAUGAUUCCUCAACAUUCCUUGAUCUCUGUAGCACAUCCUCAUACGAUUAACGCAUCAGUUCAACCACGAGCGAGUCCGAAUUCUUCUCCACCGUUCCAAGCCACCCCACCAGCUUUCCUAUCUGGGACAACGAUAGGAGUUUGUCCGGACCAUCUAGGCGGGCGUCCAUCUGGAGCCGAUUGUCCGAAGUGCGAAUUAAUUUUAAAUUCAGGACGCUUAGGCGGUCCAUUAGCAGGAAUGCACAGUCGGAAUUCCUGCAAAACAUUAAAAUGUCCAAAAUGCAACUGGCAUUACAAAUACCAAGAGACUUUAGAAAUUCAUAUGAAGGAGAAACAUCCCGAAGCCGAAACUAGCUGUAUCUACUGCAUAGCCGGACAACCACACCCGCGACUUGCUCGUGGUGAAACCUAUACGUGCGGAUACAAACCCUACAGAUGCGAAGUGUGCAAUUACUCUACAACUACCAAAGGUAAUCUCAGUAUACAUAUGCAAUCGGAUAAGCAUCUUAAUAAUAUGCAAGAACUACAAAACGGUGGUAACCCAGGCGAGGGAGCUUUACCACCUGCACCGCAACACACGCCUCCUGGUGGACACAAACCACCUCUGCCACACCAUUCACCUCUUGGCCAAAAACCAAAACCGACCUUUCGUUGCGACGUAUGCAACUAUGAAACUAAUGUGGCGCGCAACUUGAGAAUACACAUGACCUCCGAAAAACAUACGCAUAACAUGUUGGUUUUACAGCAAAAUGUUAAACAUAUGCAAACAUUAUCAGCGUUACAUCAUAGACAGCAGAGCCAACAACAGCUGGAGACUCUAUUACACUUUCAUGGAGGGGACGCGCCGCCUCCCAAUCCAGAAGCUGCCCUCGCUGACAUGGCUUAUAAUCAAGCGCUAAUGAUCCAACUGAUGACUGGAGGUCCUGGACCGUCUCCUCCAGAAUUAGGCGCACAUCUUGACGUCGGCUUAAAUCCUGAAGCCAUGGAACCCCCACCAGAACCAGCGGACCCGGAACCGGAAAGGACCUUCCAUUGUUGUAUUUGCAAUUGUUUCUCGACUGAUUCUUUGGAAGCAUUGGGACACCAUUUAGCCCAAGAUCGUACAAAAAUCCGAGAACAAGAGAUACUAGCACUAGUUGCGGGUCAUUAUGUCUGUAAGCUCUGCACUUACAAGACAAAUUUGAAAGCGAAUUUCCAGUUGCACUGCAAAACUGACAAGCACUUACAGCGGCUGCAACACGUAAAUCACGUUAAAGAAGGCGGCCCGAGAAACGAAUGGAAAUUGAAGUUCUGUGGGGCUGUGGGGACUGGUGGGGCCGGUGUCGGGGGAGUCCAGGUGCGAUGUUGUGCCUGCGACUACUACACUAACUCGGCCCACAAACUGCAACUCCACGCAGCCGGAGCUCGACACGAAGCCGCUGCUCUAUUGUUAAGACAUCUUCGGGAAUGCGCUUCGAGGAUGCCACGGGAACGACCUCGCGUCUACCGCUGUGCGCUAUGCGGCUUCAACGCUCCGCAUCGACUUCCGCUGCUACAGCACGUGCGUUCGGUGAAACAUCUACAGAUGGAACAAAUCCAUCAGCUCCAGCGACGUUCCGAAGGCAAAGACCCGACGCCUGACGUCGCUGAACUUUUCCAAGUCAUACCUCAGCCCCAGGAGUUGUCAUAUGAACAACAGGACAAUGACACCAAAGAGCCUAUUGAUCAGAAACCAGAACUGACCCAAGAACAGAAAAUGUUGCGAUUUCUCGAACAUCACCAUCAACAGCAGCAGCAACAGCAACUUCAAACACAACAACAAAAUCAACAAGCCUCAAAUGAUAGAGACGAAGAAAGGGAAACUCCAGGACCUCACGCGUGUCCUUACUGUAAUUACAGUUGCCCGAGUGAAGCUCGUCUACACGCUCAUGUCACUUCCGUGCACGCUGACACUGCACGUCAUUUUAUUUGUCCUUUAUGUCAAGAUGCCUUCAAGGAUCGACCUGCCCUAGAACGACAUGUAAUGCAAAUUCAUUCAGUCAAUUCAGAAGGCUUACAGAGGCUACUGCUUUUAGUAGAUCAAAGUCAUUGGCUAAAUGGUGGCACCCAGCAAAGGGAUGAAUCUCGACAGGGUGACGAAGAUAGAGAAAUAUCAUCUCCACGCUCAGAGGGCAGUGCUGAUGGAGAGAUGGAACGGUGCUCGACAUGCAGCCGAACAUUUAGAAAUGUAGAUGAACUAUGUCAGCAUCAAAAUGAAACAGGACAUUUAGAACUCAAGCAAACGCCUCAAGGGCCGGGCUACGUUUGCUGGAAGAAAGGAUGCAAUCGUUACUUUGAUGCAGCCCACGCUUUGCAGAAUCAUUUUCGGGAAGCUCACGCACGAAACUCGAUCGCUAACAUGUCAGUAUCAGAGAAACACGUUUACAAGUAUCGUUGUAACCAAUGCAGCUUGGCGUUUAAAACAGUGGAGAAACUACAAUUGCAUUCACAAUAUCAUGUCAUCAGAGAUGCGACAAAGUGUGUGCUGUGCGGCAGAAGUUUUCGAUCUGUACUCGCCCUUCAGAAACACGUCGAAACUUCACAUCCGGAACUAUCCGAGGAUGAGCUCACUGCUUUUAAACGUAGCUUAGCAUCGAAUCCCUUGAUGCAGGCCGGACAAGGCACCGCUCUCGAUGCUGCUACUGCAGAGCUUCUCCGUAAAGAAGCCCUAAGAACACCAGACGACGAUUUAGCUGAUAUGGAGGAUAGAGAUUCAAGUGCGACUGUGGCCGAUGAAUCCGGUCACAACGAUGCUGAAAACUCUGAUGAUUCAAUAAUUUACAAAGAUCAACAAUUUUUGGAAGACUACCUAAAUUCGCAAGCUAUGGCUGAAGAUUCAUACAAUGACCCGAACAGGAAAUAUAAGUGUCACCGAUGCAAAGUGGCAUUCACACGUCAGUCAUAUUUGACAGCUCACAACAAAACCUUACUGCACAGAAAAGGUGAAAAAUUAACUUAUCCAAUGGAAAAAUACCUUGAUCCAAACAGACCUUUUAAAUGCGAUGUAUGCAAAGAAUCGUUUACUCAAAAGAAUAUCUUAUUGGUACACUACAACAGCGUGAGCCAUCUACAUAAACUCAAACGGGCCAUGCAAGAACAACAGAAUAAUAAUAAUCCUCCCGUAUCGCCUGGAGCGGGUUCGGCGCCCUCUAAUCUAACAUUAACUCCCAAAAGUACUUCGAGUGAAGAAGACGAUCGUAAACGUUACAAAUGUAACAUUUGCAAAGUAGCAUAUACUCAAGGCAGUAAUCUCGACAUACAUAUGAGAUCAGUCUUACAUCAGACAAGGGCUGGCAAGUUGCAAGAAUUAGCCGCAACUGGACAAGUCGACUUGACACGACCAUUAGUAGAGCAACCAGAUAGAAAGGACCCCGCUAAAAUUUUACAAGACGUGCUGUCGCCAAAAAAUACAUCCCCUUCGUCUACGAGCAGUGGGGGACCGCGAUCUUCACCCCCCGCCCGGCCAGGUAGCCCUCGUUCCCCUCGCGCAGGUAACGCCGCGUGCGAUCGGUGCCACGCGUCAUUCCCGACUGCGGAGUUACUCGACGCACAUCGUGCGUCUUCAUGCCCGUUUAGCGAUGCGCGGGCGCAUUCGCCGUUAGGUGAGGCAGAAGCUGCGGCAUUGGACGAAAUGGUCGCAAAGGGCAAUCCGCCCAAACGUAACUCGCAAAUGUACAAACAACUCUUAGAAACCUUCGGAUUCGACCUCGUCAUGCAAUACAAUGAGAACCAGCGACGAAAGCUACAAGAGGAACGUGAAAUCGCACGCGCGCCAAGUCCGCCGCCACCGCCACCUGAAGAAAAGCCGCCGGACGGUGAAAAUAAAUCGACAUGUCAACAUUGUAAUAAAGAGUUUUCUAGUGUAUUCGUUUUAAAAACACAUUGUGAAGAAGUGCACAAGGAUAAAGUGCCAUUGGAGUUUUUGGAACAGUUCGCGGAACAAUUUAAGUCGGAAUAUGAAAGAAAAUCAGGUGCGCCAAACUCGCCGCGUGCUGCGUCUCCAGCACCGCAAGGUGAGAGGUCGCCGUCGCCGCGGGGCGAUAGUAGUGCGAAUUACAACGAGAACGGAAAUGCGGCUGGUGAAGCGCAGGCCGGUGCAUUGCUAGCUGCUCAAGUGCAAGAGAUGCAAGCAGCGCUGAACAUGAUCCAGUUACAACAGCAGCUGGGUACGAUACACCCGAUGGUCGCACAAAUGCUAUCUCUAGGGUUGCCACUAGGAUUGAAUGUCGGGGCAUUGGCUGCAAUGAACCUGCAACCACCUCUGGUACCAAUAAUGAUGCCACCUCCGCCCUUUGAUGCGAUGUCUUUCGCACACGACGCCCAACUCAAACAACAACAACUGAUCCAGCAACAACAGCAGGCAAAUGCUGCGGCUGGACAGAAGCGAGCCCGCACUCGUAUCACAGACGAACAACUCAAGAUUUUACGAGCACAUUUCGACAUAAAUAACUCACCAAGCGAUGAGGCCAUCGCUAAAAUGGCUCAACAAUCUGGACUUGCCACUAAGGUAAUCAAACACUGGUUCAGAAAUACAUUAUUCAAAGAACGACAACGUAAUAAAGAUUCUCCGUACAACUUCAAUAAUCCACCAUCUACUACGUUAAAUCUUGAAGAGUACGAGAAAACUGGUGAAGCAAAAGUUACACCUCUUGAUUCAUCUGCCAGCUCGGAUGAAGGCAAACCACCGCCUGAAAAAAAAGCAAAAUAUGAAGAAAAUAACUCUAUAAAUCAUCAGGAAGUAAAAUCUGAACCUUGCGAUGAACCUACAAUGGAAGAAAAAUUUAAUUCAUAUGAUGAUCGGCAUCAAGAGGAUAAAAGUUUCGUUUUUCCUCAAGCACCUUCUCAAAGCCCAGCUCCGAUAAGCCAUCCUGAUAAUCAUCAUAAUAUUUCUCAACCAUCGUCUCCAACACAUAUAUCGUUGAAUUCAUUAAUUCAAUCGCAACUUGAUUCAAUACCAGCAACGAGUAUACCGCAGCCACCACAUCCGUCAAUGUUGCCACCUAAGUUAAAUCCAAAUUUCACGUCCCCAAACUCCGCGCCCCCGAACGUCCUACCUUUGACCCCAAAUCGCAGUCUGAGCCCCGGCAGGGGUCCAGCCGAUUUCGGACUUUCCGGGGGCAACUCGAACGGAUCCAACAGCUCGGGGUCUUCUGGCAAACGCGCCAACAGAACUAGAUUCACUGAUUACCAGAUAAAAGUUCUUCAAGAAUUUUUUGAAAAUAAUGCAUAUCCCAAAGACGAUGAUUUAGAAUAUCUUUCUAAGUUGUUAGGACUGAGUCCGAGGGUCAUUGUUGUUUGGUUUCAAAAUGCUCGUCAAAAAGCAAGAAAAGUAUACGAGAAUCAACCUGCAGCGGAUCCGCCGGCAGGAGCAACAGAUGAUGCUAAUAGAUUUCAGCGCACUCCCGGUCUUAACUAUCAAUGUAAAAAGUGCCAACUAGUGUUUCAACGAUACUACGAACUAAUAAGACAUCAGAAAACGCAUUGUUUUAAAGAAGAAGACGCCAAACGAUCCGCGCAAGCUCAGGCUGCUGCAGCACAAGUAGCUGCAACAUUGAGUAGUGAAGACUCCAAUUCAAGCACCGUAGAACAUCAUAAUCCUCUUGUACCAGUUUCACCUGCACCCCCUCGAACUCCCACUCCAGCUGCGCCUAAUUACCCUGUAUCUCCAGCGCCACCAACUACUUUAACUCCUGUAACUCAGUUACCACAUCAAACUAGAGAAGAAAAAGAUGGAAAUUUUCAAUGUGAUAAAUGCAACCUGGUCUUCCCUCGAUUCGAUUUAUGGCGAGAGCAUCAACUGGUUCACAUAAUGAACCCAAAUUUAUUUCCUACUUAUCCGCCAGACUCCCCUUUUGGGAUCUUACAACAACAUGCUCAACUUCAACAGUUAAAUGCUUCGUUAAGCAAUGAGGAGGCACGACACCCUUUAGUCGCAGCACUAAAUCAACAAGUAGUGAAAAGAAAAUUUGAUGAAUUUGAGGAAACAGAUACUGGAGAGCAACCAAAAGACAAAAGAUUAAGAACUACCAUCUUGCCAGAACAGCUUGACUAUCUCUAUCAAAAAUAUCAAAUUGAAUCAAAUCCUUCAAGGAAAAUGCUUGAAAAUAUUGCACGUGAAGUGGGUUUAAAAAAAAGAGUGGUACAGGUCUGGUUUCAAAACACCAGAGCCCGGGAAAGAAAAGGGCAAUUCCGGGCUCAUGCCCAAGUUAUAAAUAAAAGAUGUCCAUUUUGUCCAGCUUUGUUUAAAGUGAAAAGCGCGUUAGAAAGCCAUUUAAGUACGAAGCAUGCUGAUCAGUGCACACGAGGCGAAAUUAACGUGGACGCACUACCAGACGAAGAACUUAGUACGGAGUCCACGCCAAGUUUUGGUUCUCAACAAAGUGACAGGCAGCAAAAUUUUUCCCAAGCGGGGGCUCCCAUGUUGCCCCCUAUUUUCCCGCCUUUUCAUUCAGACAUGGAGAAAUUUAUCAAACAGUACAGUGAAGAAUCGAUGAAACGUUACGUGAGCGAAUUACAAGCUCAUGCCGCUGCCCAACAGAACGGUGGAAGCAACGACUCCUCCGAUAGACGCCCAGAACAUGGAAAAUCAGAGAUCCCUUUAGAUCUCAGUAAGCCUGUGGAUUUAUCACGACCUGGGUCCGACGCAGAUGAGCGUUCAGAUACUGCCUCCGAAACAAUGGAAUUCUAUGAAGAAGACGAACCCUCAUCGCCUAUCAUGGCCGGUCAACCACAAACACCUCGUCCACCCGGUAAACGAUAUCGCACUCAGAUGUCAUCCUUACAAGUGAAAAUCAUGAAGUCACUGUUCACGGAUUACAAAACGCCGACGAUGGCCGAGUGUGAGGCGUUAGGUCGCGAAAUAGGCUUACCAAAACGAGUGGUACAAGUUUGGUUUCAAAACGCACGUGCCAAAGAAAAAAAGGCGCGCCUAGCUGCUGGAUUGGCGGAAGUAUCUGAUGCACCUCCCCCGGAAGAAUGUCGCGUGUGUGAUUUUAAAUAUAGCCACAAGUAUUCGGUGCAAGAUCACGUGUUUACACGGGGUCACAUCGCGGCGGUACGAGCGCGAUUGGAAAGCGGCGCCAGUGUCGGUGACGACAGCACGUUCGCACUGAUGCAAAUGGCAGCGCGUCUUGACAGCGGCAUGGGCGGAGAGCUUCACAACGCGUUCCUGCGGCCGCAACUCGCCGGCAACGGAUCGAAUGGUCAUCCCAUUGCUGCUCAGCCUCAACCACAGGGCCUCAUCGUCGAGACAGGCAAUGGCGCGAGCGUCCUCCAACUGCCAGCGACGACCCUAGAACAAAUAAGACACAUAGCCACAGACCCCGGUGCGUCUACGCUUCGUCUGCCUCCGCCAGCAACCGAAACCCCGAUCGGGUCACGCGAGCUUGACUUCGACCUGUGCUACGUGUGCAAGCACUGCAAAGUUGCAUUCCCGUCGCCCGCGCCCCUGCAGAUACAUCAGGCUCGAUCGUGUUACGCGGGCCGAGAAGCAACUCGCGGCGUCAUCCGCGUGAUCCAACCGGCACUGGAAUGCCGCUCGUGUCCCGGGGAACGGUUCCGUACAGCUAUAGACUUCCGGCGCCACGCAGAAACAGAAACGCAUAUUCGGAAUAUGGGACUGCCGCCUCCGAUACCCGCUCAACCGGAAGCUUUAACGCACGAGAUGGAAGACGUCGUCAAUCAAAUUACUUUAUUGGCGGCUCGUGCAGCGCAGGACUCCGCACCGAAGGAUCCCAAUGCCAACUUCUGUGUGCCCGGGCCUCGCUUCCAACCGCCCGGCGAGCUUCCGAUAGCGAGCGCCGGCCACUAAUCCUAUUUUGACGAAAUGUAUAGUUACUAUCUAUCUGAGCUCCUCGCUCUCUCCGUUGUCCGACAACGCAGCAGUUCACUAUUAGCUCUUAAUGCUUCUUUUCGUUGAUGAAUGUCGUCGCGAAAGCGGCACUUUCCUAGUUAUACGUUUAAAGCUUGUAGUAGUUUAAGUAUUAGGUUAAUCGGGAGCCGUUCGCCGUUGUCCCGUUUUUAUAAUAGUCUGUUUGGAUGGAGUUGGUCAAAGUCGGCUCCAAUAAAAGAAUCCGCAGCGGAGUCCGUGUUCCUAGCGGUCGGCUCCCGCGCCGCGCGCCGCACACUGGGGGGCGGCGGCGGCGGGCGUCGGCGCGGCCGCGCGCGUGCUCGCACUUCAUAUCAUACGUUAGACAGGUUUUAUUAUAAAUACGUUUAUCGUUGCGGCGACACGCGGUCGGCGGCCACUCCGGCGCACUCGCACUCUUUAACAUCAACUCCCAGGAAAACAAGUUCCUAUCUUUAUGGCAUAUAAUAUUAUCGAUAUUGAUAACUACGAUUUAAUUAUUGUUUAAAGCUAUGUAAUACAUACAUAUAAUCGUUCUAAUUAUAGGCAUAGAUAUGUUCUCGUAAGAAGUUCCUGAUGCAUCGUAAAUGUAUGAAAAUAUAUAUAGUGAUAUACGUAUAUGAUUUUUUUAAACAUGAAGCGAAGUUAGGUACGUAUUUAGGCAGUAGUGCGGUCGUCCUCUCUCGCGGGUCCCUCGUCCACCACAACUGACUAAUCGUUUCAAUACAAAUUCAUGGUCCGUGAUAUUUUGGUUCAUAGUAUUUCGUUGCGUAGUCAUUAAUAGCGUGCACAAUGUUAUCUUUCCGUAUUGGAAGUGACGUCCGUACUGAGCCGAAUACUUGUGGCGCUGGAUGCAGGUCGUGGCUGCAGGGGACACUCGCCGAGCCGCCCGUGGAGACGCGACGACACCGCGUAGGCUUAUCGGUAACACUUAAUUAUAAUUAUUAUUGUAGCUAACAUUUCCAAAACGAACGAACUCGAAACUCGGGCUGCGCGCCAGCGCUCAGCCUUCCUCGCAUACAAGUGAGUUUAUUUUGGAACUAAGUGUGAUUCUUGAAUUUUUAUUGAUAUUGUAAUAUUAUUAGUAGUGACAUAAGUGCGUCCGUAUCGAAUCGAUGGACUAACACGCAGUGUGGGCUCCCUAACCAACUGCUGCGUAACAGUUCAUCGCUUCACCGUGUGUGCGUGGAGUCCGAUUUACAUUCGACGGCACAAAAGUCACGUUAUAAAACAUAUUUUACAUAUUUACAUUUUUAUCUAGCGGCGUGUUCUAUUACAAUAUUAUCGAGUGAAUCCUACUACAACAUUGGGUUUGUUUUUUUUUUUUUCGUUUUAUGUAAGUGCAAUGUUUUAUUCCACCGGUUGCCGGCGGUCCUUGUUAUAUGUGUGCAAUGAGUCGAAGUUCGAAUGUGUUGCGUCUAUCUCCCAUUGGCUCGCGAUUCCCAAGGGCGUAUAGAAUUACACUAUACAACUCUCUCUCUAACUAGAUGUGAACGGUUUUCGUUCAGUACGUGACGUUGAUUCAAUUUUCUUUAAAAUUAAUGAAAGGGAAAUUAAGAUGAAGUCCAUGAAACCGUUGCGAGAUAGACUUGGCGCCCGCGAACUAUGUUGAUGCGAAGGAGCGCGAUUAUAACACCAUUAUUUUGUUUGAUUAGUAUUUAAUAUUUAUUAGAAUGAAAACACGUAUGGUUUGUUGAGGCGUUGCGUUCAGAGCUCCACCGCGUGACGGACGUCAUUAGCGUUACACAGGAGAUAUAUAUAUUUAUUUUGACCGGUUCGUGUCUGACGUACGUGAGUGUAAGUUUUGAGUUAGUGUAGGUGGACAAAUCGGUAGUGCGAUGUUGUGUCUCCGCGGACGUACGCCCGCGGAAUGAAUCAUGGUUCCUAUGUAUAUUUCAAUAUUAACGCAUCUAGAGUUUCACUAUACUUUCCGAAUACAAAUUUUAAUAUUUUAAGAUUAAUUCGGACUAGUCUGUUGUAUCUGCUGCUAGAGGUGCCGCCACGGUCAUGUUGUCUGUUCGUUACUAAGUGUUUAUUAGUUUAAUUUGUAAUUUGUCAUUUGCAAUAUUGAUAUUAUUAUAAUUUUGUUAUAAUCGGUACAGUUUAUAAAAUGACCUUUAUUCUUAUCUAGAAGCUACAUACAUGUGUUGACUGCGAGAUAUUAGUUUAUUACCGGUAAGGUAGCUCGUGUCUAUCAUAGUUCCUAAUACUGUAUUGUAAUAAAAAAGUUAUUUUAAAAUUCUUUACUAGUGAAAUUUACUGUUCCUACUAUUUAAACUGUAACGCAAAUGUUGAAAUGAUCCAAAUUCUAUACCGAUUCAUCGAGGAGUCUGCUAAUUGUGUUUAGUUUUAAUAUUAUGUUGUUGCAUUAUUUAUACUAAAGGUACACGAAUAAUUAAACGUAAACUAAAAACAGUAUUAAAAAAACUAAAGUUACUAAUAAAUUGGGUUCAAGUGUACCUUCAUAAUUAUAGUUUGCAUUCAGUUAUGUAAUCGAAAAUUCUUAAGUCAAUUUCUUAGUACAUUCGACCGUAUGUUUAGUUUAUUUAAGUCGGGACAGUCUCACGUAGCAUGGCGUGUGCGUAGCUAACCUCUACGAGCGUGCUACGCGCCUACGACGCAUGCCAUCCGUAGCCAGCAACAGAUUACGAAUACAUUGUCAAGUGUAAAUGGUAAAAAUAAACUCAAAGUUAGUUUAUC